CACCCCCCGGGGCCAGGAGCCCCCCGGGCACCGCCACAUCACCCCCAGGACCAGGAGCCGCAUCCGGGCGGCCGCGGCGCGGCUCAACUCCUCCUCCUCCUCCUCCUCCUCUUCCUCCUCCCUCUUCAACGGGACGCUGCCGAUGCCCUGGAGACCACCCAGGAUCAGAUCCCCCCGGGGGGUCCCCAGGGACCCUGCCACCUCCCCGGGACACUGUGUCACCUCGCGGGACGAGGAUGUGUCCGGGGAGGACGGAGAGGGGACAGACUCUUUGGAAGACACCCAGAUCCUGCCCGGAGCCCCCCAUUCACCCCCGGCGGGGGUCGGCAGCUCUCCCGGCUCCAGCCCCACGGUCUUGCUGUGCCCUGGGGACCCUGGAUCCCCCCCCAAUCCCCCAUCAGGCCCUCGGGGCUCCCCCCACCCCGGCGUGCUGGAGGGUGGCUCUGGGUGGCAGCGCCACUCGCCCUCGAGGACGCCCCAGUUCCAGUGGCCCCGCGGUAGCUCCAGGCACCUUCUGGCCCCACAAGCAUCCAGCAGUGCCAGGGGGGACCUGGGCCCCCCGUUCGUGCCACUGUCACCCCCCGGCUGUGGCCCCCACUGCUCCGGGGAGCCUCGAGAGGACGAGGGGCAGGGACUGUCACCCCCCGAGUGUCACAGUCCCGGCACAGCGGCCACCCCCAGCCCCGAGGACGCCAUGGACCGGGAUGGUCGAGUGUCCCCGGUGUCCCCGGGGCCCCUCUCGGACCAAAGUCUGCGGCGGCGGCUGCGGGAGCUGGGGGAGGACCCGGGACCCGUCACCGACCUCACCCGGGGGCUCUACCGGCGGCGGCUGCGGGAGCUGGGCACGGGGCACGGCGGGGAGCCGCAGGGGCACAGCCCGGAGCUGGUGGCUGCGCUGAGGACCGGCCACAUCCCCGACUGUGCCCAGGACGAGCUGGCGCUGGCGCAGCAGUUCGAGCGUCCCGACCGCGGCCGGCACUGGCGGGAGGGGCUGCUCAAGUCCAGCUUCAACUACCUCCUCCUCGACCCCAGGACUACCCAGGACCUGCCCCUGCGCUGCCCCCGCCUGAGCCCGGCCCAGAGCUUCCAGACCUUCGUCAGCGCCGUGUUCUACGUGGGCAAGGGCACCCGGGCCAGGCCCUACUGCCACCUGGCCGAGGCCCUGGGCCAGCACCGGGCAGGGACACGGCGGGGCUGCCCCAAGGUGCGGCGCAUCCUGGAGAUCUGGGAGAGCGGACACGGCGUCAUCUCCAUGCUCUGCUUCCAGAACAGGGUCCCGGCAGAGGCCUACACGAGGGAGGGCUGCAUGGUGGAGGCGCUGGGCCUGCAGACCCUCACCAACCAGCGCAAGGGGCACUGCUACGGCGUGGCCGCGGGCUGGGCGCCCGAGCGGCGCCGGCGCCUGGGGGUGCACAUGUUGCACCGGGCCAUGAGCAUCUUCCUGGCCGAGGGCGAGCGGCAGCUCCGGCCCGGGGACAUCCCGGGGAGGUGACCGUGCUCGGGUCGGGGGGGGAGGGGGGCAGCUUUUAUGUCGUGACCGCUGCGAAGAUUGUUUCUGUUUUUCCUAUUUCCCCGGCCGGGGGAUCAAUAAAUCGCUGCGGGGCUGGGUUUGCCCGAAGAAUUCCCGGUUGUGGGAGAUUCCUGGAG